GAAGCUGCGUCUAGACAAAAGCUGCCGCUUCUCUGUUUCGCAGCCCCUGGAGGGAUUGGAGUUUGGUGCUUGUACACAUCUGACUCUCAGCUCCGAACUUUUUUUUUUGCUAGUUCAAAGAGACUUCGAGGAUCUAAUGAGCUCCUCGGAGAGGAAAUCCUCCGUCUGUUGAAGAAGGCUAAGCACAGUGUUCGGGAGCUCAGGGGGGAAAACAAAUAAACAAAAAUGCUUUCCUUGAAUAUUGGCCCCACAGUAUUCCUCCUUGCUCUUCUUUAUUCUUGCUUAGCUCAAGAUGCAAGCCCCCAGUCGGAAAGCAGGGCUGAGGAGAUUCCAGAGGGGGCCUCAACUUUGGCUUUUGUAUUUGAUGUAACUGGUUCUAUGUACGAUGAUUUAGUUCAGGUGAUCGAAGGGGCUUCUAAAAUCCUGGAGACGUCUUUGAAAAGACCUAAGAGACCUCUUUAUAACUUUGCCUUGGUGCCUUUCCAUGAUCCAGAAAUUGGCCCAGUUACAAUUACCACUGAUCCUAAGAAAUUUCAGUUUGAACUCAGAGAACUGUAUGUUCAGGGUGGUGGUGAUUGUCCAGAAAUGAGUAUUGGAGCUAUAAAAAUUGCCUUGGAAAUUUCUCUCCCUGGCUCUUUCAUCUACGUUUUCACUGAUGCACGGUCCAAAGACUACAGACUCGCCCAUGAGGUGCUGCAGCUCAUCCAGCAGAAACAGUCACAAGUGGUAUUUGUGCUCACUGGAGAUUGUGAUGACAGGAGGCACAUUGGAUAUAAAGUCUAUGAGGAAAUUGCCUCUACAAGUUCUGGUCAAGUGUUUCAUCUGGACAAAAAGCAAGUUAAUGAGGUGCUGAAAUGGGUCGAGGAAGCUGUGCAGGCCUCCAAGGUUCACCUCUUAUCCACGGAUCACUUGGAACAUGCUGUGAACACUUGGCAAAUUCCUUUUGAUCCCAGCCUUAAAGAGGUGACAGUGUCACUGAGUGGCCCUUCUCCAAUGAUUGAAAUUCGCAAUCCUUUAGGGAAGCUGAUAAAAAAGGGUUUUGGCCUGAAUGAGCUAUUAAAUAUCCACAACUCUGCCAAGGUGGUGAAUGUAAAAGAGCCAGAAGCUGGAAUGUGGACAGUGAAGACCUCAAGCAGUGGAAGGCACUCUGUUCGAAUCACUGGACUCAGCACUAUCGAUUUCCGAGCUGGGUUUUCAAGAAAGCCCACCCUGGACUUCAAAACAACAGUCAGCAGACCUGUACAAGGAAUACCUACCUAUGUGCUGCUGAAUACUUCUGGAAUUUCCAUUCCAGCUAGAGUCGAUCGUCUUGAACUUCUGAGUAUAUCAGGCAAUUCUCUUAAGACUAUACCUGUUAAAUAUUACCCAGAUCAAAAACCCUAUGGCAUAUGGAAUAUUUCUGAAUUCAUUCCGCCAAAUGAAGCUUUCUUUCUUAAAGUCACAGGAUACGAUAAGGAUGACUAUCUCUUCCAGAGAGUGUCAAGUGUGUCCUUCUCUAGUAUUGUCCCAGAUGCCCCCAAAGUUACAAUGCCUGUGAAAACUCCAGGAUACUACCUGCAGCCAGGCCAAAUUCUCUGCUCUGUUGAGAGUCUAUUGCCCUUUACUGUGAGCCUUGUCAGAAAUGGAGUAACACUUGGAGAAGACCAGUAUUUAAAAGAAUCUGCUAGUGUGAAUUGGGACAUUGAAAGAGUCACGUUAGCCGAUGAAGGCCUCUAUGAAUGUAUUGCCAUCAGCAGUGCGGGGAAUGGAAGAGCAGAGACGUUUUUUGAUGUUUCGGAGCCUCCUCCUGUCAUCCAAGUGCCCAAUAAUGUUACAGUGACCCCUGGAGAAAAAGCAAUUUUGACCUGUCUCGUCAUCAGCGCAGUGGAUUACAAUCUAACCUGGCGAAGGAAUGACAGAGAUAUCAAAUUUGUAGACCCAGCGAGAAUUAGGAUCCUUGCUAACCUCUCUUUGGAACUCGGGAAUGUCAAGUUCAACGAUGCUGGAGAAUAUCAUUGUUUGGCUUCUAAUGAAGGAGGAUCAUCAGCUGCUUCAGUGUUCCUCAAAGUACAAGAACCACCUAAAGUCACAGUGAUGCCCAAGAAUCAAUCUUUCACAGGAGGGUCUGAGGUCUCCAUUAUGUGUUCUGCAACAGGUUUUCCAAAGCCAAAGAUCUCCUGGACCAUGAACAAUAUGUUUCUUGUGGGUUCACACAGGUAUAGGAUGACCUCAGAUGGUACCUUAUUUAUAAAAAAUGCAGUUCCCAGUGAUGCAGGUGUAUAUGGCUGCCUCGCAAGUAACUCAGCUGGAACAGAUAAACAGACAUCUACACUUAGAUAUAUUGAAGCUCCAAAGUUGAUGGUCAUUCAGAGUGAGCUCUUGGUUGCCCUUGGUGAUACAACAGUUAUGGAAUGUAAAACCUCUGGUGUUCCCCAACCUCAAGUCAAAUGGUUCAAAGGGGAUCUUGAGCUGAGGCCAUCAACAUUCCUUAUCAUUGACCCUCUUUUGGGACAAUUGAAGAUUCAAGAAACACAAGAUCUAGAUGCUGGUGAUUAUAUGUGCAUAGCCAUCAAUGAUGCUGGAAGAGCAACUGGCAAAAUAACUCUGGACGUUGGCUCACCUCCAGUUUUCAUACAGGAGCCUCCAGAUGUAUCUAUGGACAUUGGGUCAAAUGUGACAUUACCAUGCUAUGUUCAAGGUUAUCCAGAACCAAGGAUCAAAUGGCGACGAUUAGAUAACAUGCCACUCUUCUCAAGACCCUUUUCAGUUAGCUCCAUUAGCCAACUAAGAACAGGAGCACUCUUCAUUUCAAACUUAUGGGCAAGUGAUAAAGGCAUCUAUAUUUGUGAAGCUGAAAAUCAAUUUGGAAAGAUCCAAUCCCAGACAACAAUAACGGUGACAGGACUUGUUGCCCCUCUUAUUGGAAUCAGCCCAGGAGUGGCCAAUGUAAUUGAAGGACAACAACUUACUUUGCCUUGUGCAUUAUUGGCUGGGAAUCCCAUCCCAGAACGGCGGUGGAUUAAGAACUCAGCUAUGUUGGUCCAGAAUCCAUACAUCACAGUGCGCAGUGAUGGGAGCCUUCACAUUGAACGAGUUCGUCUUCAGGAUGGAGGCGAAUACACCUGUGUGGCCAGUAAUGCUGCCGGGACCAAUAACAGAACCACCAGAGUGGAAGUGCAUGUUCUGCCGACCAUCCAGCAUGGGCAGCAGAUACUCAGUACAAUAGAAGGUGUUCCAGUAACUUUACCAUGCAGAGCGAGUGGCAUUCCCAAACCAUCCAUCAUCUGGUCCAAGAAGGGAGAGCUGAUUUCCACCAGCAGUGCCAAGUUUUCAGCUGGGUCUGAUGGCAGCCUGUAUGUGGUGUCACCUGGUGCUGAGGAGAGUGGGGAGUACAUCUGCACUGCCACCAACGCAGCGGGCUAUGCCAAGAGGAAAGUGCAGCUGACUGUCUAUGUAAGACCCAGAGUGUUUGGAGACCAACGAGGACUGUCCCAGGAGAAGCCAGUUGAGAUCUCUGUCAUCGCAGGAGAAGAGGUGACACUGCCGUGUGAGGUGAAGAGCUCACCUCCACCCAUAAUUACUUGGGCCAGAGAGACCCAGCUCAUCUCUCCAUUCUCUCCAAGACACACAUUCCUCCCUUCUGGUUCAAUGAAGAUUACUGAGACCCGCGUUUCAGACAGUGGGAUGUAUCUUUGUGUUGGCACAAAUAUUGCUGGAAAUGUGACUCAGUCCGUUAAGUUAAAUGUGCAUGUUCCUCCAAAGAUUCAGCGUGGCCCUAAACUUCUAAAAGUACAAACUGGUCAAAGAGUGGACAUCCCGUGUACUGCUCAAGGAACUCCUCGUCCGGUGACCACCUGGGUGAAAGGUGGCAGUGCUGUGCUGGUUGAUGGAGUGCAUCACAUUAGCAAGGAAGACGGAACAUUAAUCAUUGACCAAGCGAUGCUCUCGGAUGCUGGUGUAUAUACUUGUGUUGCUACUAACAUAGCAGGAAGCGAUGAAACAGAGAUAACACUAUAUGUCCAAGAACCACCUACACUGGAAGAACUUGAACCUCCAUAUAACAAUCCAUUCCAAGAAAGAGUUGCCAAUCAACGGGUUGCAUUUCCAUGCCCUGCAAGAGGCACCCCCAAACCAACUAUCAAAUGGCUACACAAUGGUAGAGAGUUGACAGGCAGAGAACCAGGUGUUUCUAUCUUGGAAGAUGGUACACUGUUGGUCAUUGCUUCAGUUACACCAUAUGACAAUGGAGAAUACAUCUGUGUAGCAGUCAAUGAAGCUGGAACCAUAGAGAGAAAGUAUAAUCUCAAAGUUCAUGUUCCUCCAGUGAUAAAAGAUACAGAACAAGUAACAAAUGUGUCAGUGCUACUAAAUCAGGUGACCAAUCUCUUCUGUGAAGUUGAAGGAACUCCAUCCCCCAUCAUUAUGUGGUAUAAAGAUGGCAUCCAGGUGACUGAAAGUAGCACUAUUCAGAUUGUGAAUAAUGGGAAGAUCCUAAAACUCUUUAAAGCUACUCCAGAUGAUGCAGGAAGAUAUUCUUGUAAAGCAAUUAAUAUUGCAGGCACUUCUCAGAAGUACUUUAACAUUGAUGUGCUCGUUCCACCCACAAUAAUAGGUGCUGGCUCUCCAAAUGAAGUCUCGGUUAUACUUAACCAUGACACUACCCUUGAAUGCCAGGUCAAAGGUGCUCCCUUCCCUGCUAUUCACUGGUUCAAAGAUGGAAAGCCUUUGUUUUUGGGAGACCCCAAUGUUGAACUUCUAGACAGAGGUCAAGUGUUACAUCUCAAGAACACACGAAGAAGUGACAAGGGACGCUAUCAGUGUACUGUGUCUAAUGCAGCUGGCAAACAAACCAAGGAUAUAAAGCUGACUGUCUAUAUUCCACCCAGUAUUAAAGGAGGAAAUGUCACCACAGAAAUAUCAGCAUUGAUAAACAGUGUAAUUAAACUGGAAUGCGAAACCCGAGGACUUCCAGUGCCUGCGAUUACUUGGUAUAAGGAUGGCCAGCCGGUAAUAUCCAGCUCACAAACACUUUAUAUCGAUAAAGGACAAUUUCUCCAGAUCCCUCGGGCACAGAUCUCUGAUUCGGCAACAUAUAUGUGUCAUGUAACCAAUGUUGCUGGAACCGCUGAAAAAUCAUUCCAUGUGGACAUCUAUGUUCCCCCAAUGAUUGAAGGUGACUUGACUACACCUUUGAAUAAGCAAGUGAUUCUUGCUCAUUCUCUGACACUGGAGUGUAAAGCUACCGGCAAUCCUACUCCUCUUCUCACCUGGUUAAAAGAUGGAGUACCUGUGAAAGCCAGUGACCACAUCCGCAUUGAAGCUGGUGGGAAGAAACUUGAAAUCAUGAAUGCCCUAGAAGCUGACCGUGGACAAUACAUAUGUGUGGCUACCAGUAUAGCAGGAGAAAAAGAAAUAAAAUAUGAAGUUGAGGUUUUAGUGCCACCAGUGGUAGAAGGAGGAGAUGAAACAUCUUACUUCAUUGUGAUGAUUAAUAACUUACUGGAACUAGAUUGUCAAGUGACAGGAUCACCACCACCAACUAUCAUGUGGCUAAAGGAUGAUCAGCCAGUCGAUGAAAGAGAUGGAUUCAAGAUUUUACUCAAUGGACGCAAGCUGGUUAUUGCACAGGCUCAAGUGUCAGACACGGGUCUUUAUCGGUGUGUGGCAACGAACACUGCAGGAGAUCACAAGAAAGAAUUUGAAGUCACUGUUCAUGUUCCUCCAACAAUCAAACCCUCGGGCCUUUCUGAGAGAGCUGUGAUAAAAUACAAGUCUAUCACUCUGCAAUGUAUAGCCAAUGGCAUCCCAAAUCCAUCCCUCACUUGGCUAAAAGAUGGCCAACCUGUGAACACUGCCCACGGAAACCUCAAAAUACAGUCUUCUGGUCGAGUUCUACAAAUUGCCAAAGCCCUGUUGGAAGAUGCUGGCAGAUACACAUGUGUGGCUACCAAUGCAGCUGGAGAAACACAACAGAAUAUUCAGCUGCAUGUGCACGAACCACCACGUCUGGAAGAUGCAGGGAAGAUGUUGAAUGAGACUGUGGUGGUAAAUAAUCCCAUACAGCUAGAGUGCAAAGCAGCUGGAAAUCCUUUGCCUGCGAUUACAUGGUAUAAGGACAGUCGUCCACUCUCAGGCUCCACCAGUGUGUCUUUCUUGAACAGAGGACAGACACUUGACAUUGAAAGUGCCCAGAUCUCAGAUGCCGGCAUUUAUAAAUGUGUAGCCAUCAACUCAGCUGGAGCUACUGAGUUAUUUUAUAGUCUACAGGUGCAUGUGCCCCCUUCAAUAUCUGGCAGCAAUAAUGUGGUGGCAGUGGUGGUUAAUAAUCUUGUGAGAUUAGAAUGUGAAGCCAGAGGUAUUCCUGCUCCAAGUCUGACCUGGUUAAAAGAUGGGAGCCCAGUGUCUAGUUUUGCUAAUGGAAUUCAGGUUCUCUCUGGGGGUCGCAUCUUAGCACUAACCAGUGCCCAAAUCAGUGAUACAGGAAGAUACACCUGUGUAGCAGUGAAUGCUGCUGGUGAGAAGCAAAGAGAUUUUGACCUCCGAGUGUAUGUACCGCCCAACAUAAUGGGAGAAGAACAGAACAUCUCUGUCCUCAUUAGCCAAGCUGUAGAGUUGCUGUGUGAGAGUGAUGCUGUGCCCCCACCUACUCUGACCUGGUUAAAAGAUGGGCGUCCCUUGCUGAAAAAAUCAGGCCUCAGUAUCUCAGAAAAUGGAAAUGUGUUGAAGAUUGAAGAUGCUCAGGUACAAGACUCUGGUCGUUACACUUGUGAGGCCACAAAUGUUGCUGGAAAAACUGAGAAAAACUAUAAUGUCAACGUCUGGGUACCACCAAGUAUUUUUGGUUCAGAUGAACUCGCUCAGCUUACUGUUAUUGAAGGGAACUUCAUCAAUCUAUUGUGUGAAUCUAGUGGUAUUCCACCUCCAAAUCUAAUAUGGAAGAAGAAAGGCUCCCCUGUCCUCACUGACUCUGCAGGUCGAGUUCGAAUUUUAUCUGGGGGAAGGAACUUACAGAUUUCAAUUACUGAAAAAUCUGACACAGGACUCUAUACAUGUGUGGCAUCGAAUGUUGCUGGAACCACACAAAAAGACUACAAUUUGCAGGUUUAUCUUCGUCCAACUAUAUCCAACAGUGGGAACCAGCCUACUGAAGUUAUUAUGACUCGAGGGAAAAGUAUUUCCUUGGAGUGUGAAGUACAGGGUAUUCCUCAACCAUCAGUAACCUGGAUGAAAGAUGGCCGCCCUUUGGCCAAGGGAAAGGGCGUGGAAAUACUGAAUGAAGGUCGUAUUCUUAAGCUGAAGAAUGUUCAUGUGUCUGAUACAGGCCGCUAUGUGUGUGUGGCUAUGAAUGUAGCAGGGAUGACUGACAGAAAAUACGACUUAAGUGUACAUGCUCCUCCAAGUAUCAUAGGGAACCAUGGCAUACCUGAAAACAUCAGUGUCAUAGAAAAGAACUCCGUGUCCCUAACUUGUGAAGCUUCAGGAAUUCCCUUGCCUUCUAUAACCUGGCUUAAAGAUGGGUGGCCCAUCACCCUUAGCAGUUCUGUGAGAAUCAUCUCAGGAGGCAGGACUCUGCGAUUGAUGCAGACCAGAAUAGAAGAUGCUGGCCAGUAUACUUGUGUCGUGAGAAAUACAGCUGGUGAAGAAAGAAAACUCUUUGAACUUUCAGUGUUAGUACCACCUCAUAUUGUGGGUGAGAACACCUUGGAAGACGUGAAAGUGAAAGAGAGACAAAACAUCACACUGACUUGUGAAGUAACAGGGAAUCCAGUACCAGAAAUAACAUGGCACAAAGAUGGGCAGCUCCUCCAAGAAGAUGACAGUCACCACAUUAUAUCUGGGGGUCGUUUUCUUCAAAUCACUAAUGCCCAAGUACUACACACUGGCAGAUACACCUGUCUGGCUUCUAACACAGCUGGGGACAAAAGCAAAAGUUUCAGUCUUAACGUGUUUGUAUCUCCUAGAAUUACUGGAGCAGACAGUGAUGGCAGCCCUGAAGAUGUCAUUGUUAUCCUUAACAACCCUACUUCUUUGGUCUGUGAAGCUUAUUCAUAUCCUCCAGCUACCAUCACCUGGUUUAAAGAUGGUGCUCCUUUGGAAUCUAACCGAAAUAUCAGGAUUCUUCCAGGAGGCAGGACCCUGCAGAUCCUAAAUGCACAGGAGGACAACGCUGGGAGAUACUCUUGUGUAGCCACUAAUGAGGCUGGAGAAAUGAUCAAGCACUAUGAAGUGAAAGUCUACAUUCCACCCAUAAUCAACAAAGGGGACCUCUUGGGGCCAGGUCUUUCCCCUAAAGAAGUGAAGAUAAAAGUAAACAACAGCUUGACCCUGGAAUGUGAAGCAUACGCAAUUCCUUCUGCCUCCCUGAGCUGGUACAAGGAUGGACAGCCCCUUAAAUCAGAUGAUCAUGUUAAUAUUGCUGCAAAUGGACACAUACUUCAAAUAAAGGAAGCUCAAAUAUCAGAUACGGGCCGAUAUACUUGUGUGGCAUCCAACAUUGCAGGUGAAGAUGAACUGGAUUUUGAUGUAAACAUACAAGUUCCUCCAAGUUUUCAAAAACUCUGGGAAAUAGGAAACAUGCUUGAUACAAGCAGAAGUAGUGAAGCCAAGGAAGUUAUCAUCAACAAUCCCAUUUCUCUUUACUGUGAAACUAACGCCUCACCUCCUCCAACACUGACAUGGUACAAAGAUGGGCAUCCUCUGACCUCAAGUGACAGAGUAUUGAUUUUACCUGGAGGGCGAGUGCUGCAGAUUCCUCGGGCUAACACGGAAGAUGCUGGCAGAUACACAUGUGUGGCUGUGAAUGAGGCUGGAGAAGAUUCCCUUCAGUAUGACGUCCGGGUGCUCUUACCACCAACUAUCAAGGGAGCAAACAGUGACCUUCCCGAAGAGGUCACCGUGCUGGUGAAUAGGAGCACAACGAUGGAGUGCUUGUCCAGUGGCAGCCCAGCUCCGAGGAAUUCCUGGCAAAAAGAUGGACAGGCCUUGCUAGAAGAUGGUCAUCAUAAAUUUUUAUCUAAUGGAAGAAUUCUGCAGAUUCUGAAUUCUCAAAUAACAGAUAUUGGGAGAUAUGUAUGUGUUGCUGAGAACACAGCUGGAAGCGCCAAAAAGUAUUUUAACCUCAACGUUCACGUUCCUCCAAGUGUCAUUGGCCCUAACCCUGAAAAUAUGACUGUUGUGGUGAAUAAUUUCAUCUCUUUGACCUGUGAGGUCUCUGGUUUUCCACCUCCUGAUCUCAGCUGGCUCAAGAAUGAGCAACCCAUCAAUCCAAACACAAAUGCUUUCAUUGUUCCUGGUGGUCGAAUACUACAAAUUAUUCGUGCCAAGGUAUCUGAUGGUGGUGACUAUACUUGUAUAGCUAUCAACCAAGCUGGUGAAAGCAAGAAAAAAAUUUCCCUGACUGUUUAUGUGCCCCCAAGCAUUAAAGAUGAUGGCAGUGAAUCUCUUUCUGUAAUUAACGUGAGAGAGGGGACUUCAGUGUCGAUGGAGUGUGAGUCCAAUGCCGUCCCACCUCCUGUCAUCACCUGGUAUAAGAAUGGGAGGAUGAUAACAGAGUCUACUCACUUGGAGAUUUUAUUAGAUGGACAAAUGCUGCACAUCAAGAAAGCGGAGGUAUCUGACACAGGCCAGUAUGUAUGUAGAGCUAUAAAUGUAGCAGGACGGGAUGAUAAAAAUUUCCACCUCAAUGUAUAUGUUCCUCCCAGUAUUGAAGGGCCUGAAGAAGUAGUGAUUGUUGAAACAAUCAGUAAUCCUGUGACUCUAACAUGUGAGGCUACUGGGAUCCCACCUCCUACAAUAGCUUGGUUAAAAAACCACAAGUCCAUAGAAAAUUCCGGCUUACUUGAAGUUCGUAUUUUAUCAGGAGGUAGUAAACUCCAAAUUGCCCGGUCCCAGUUCUCAGAUAGUGGAAACUACACAUGCAUUGCAUCAAAUACAGAGGGAAAGGCACAGAAAAACUACAUCCUUUCAAUUCAAGUUCCUCCAAGUGUUGUUGGUGCUGAAAUGCCAAGUGAAGUUGGAGUUCUUCUAGGAGAAAAUGUUGAGUUGGUCUGCAAGGCAAAUGGCAUUCCCACACCAGUUAUUCAAUGGCUUAGAGAUGGGACGCCCAUAACCAGUGGUGAAACAAAAAGAAUACGGGUGACUCCAGAUGGCAGCACGUUAAACAUCUACAAUGUUCUCAAAACAGACAUGGGGAAAUAUACAUGCGUGGCUACCAAUCCUGCUGGAGAAGAAGACCGAAUUUUUAAUUUGAAUGUCUAUGUUCCACCUGUAAUCAGGGGUAAUAAAGAAGAAGCAGAGAAACUAAUGGCUUUGUUGGAUACUUCCAUAAAUAUUGAAUGCAGAGUCACAGGAACACCACCACCACAGAUCAACUGGUUAAAGAAUGGACUUCCUCUUCCACUUUCUUCCCAUAUCCGGUUACUUUCAGGGGGACAGGUUAUCAGGAUUGUCAGAGCUCAGGUGUCUGAUGUUGGUGUGUACACCUGUGUGGCCUCCAACAGAGCUGGAGUGGCUAAUAAGCAAUAUAAGCUUCAAGUCUUUGUACCACCAAAUAUGGACAAUGCAAUGGGAACAGAGGAAAUCACAAUUGUCAAAGGCAAUCCCACCUCCAUGGCAUGCUUCGCAGAUGGAACCCCAACUCCAAGCAUGUCAUGGCUGAGAGAUGACCAGCCACUAGAACUUGACUCCCAUCUGACAGUAAACACCCAAGGAAUGGUCCUUCAGAUCAUCAGAGCAGAGACUGAGGAUUCAGGAAGGUAUACCUGCAUUGCUUCGAAUGAAGCUGGAGAAGUCAGCAAAUAUUUUAUCCUGAAGGUCCUGGAGCCACCUCAUAUUAAUGGAUCUGAAGAUUCUGAAGAAAUUUCAGUGAUUGUUAACAAUCUGCUUGAACUUGCCUGCAUUGCUUCUGGAAUCCCAGCGCCUCAAAUUAUGUGGAUGAAAGAUGGAAGGCCCCUUCCACAGACAGAUCAAUUGCAAACUCUUGGAGGAGAAGGUCUUCGGAUAGCCAGUGCUCAGGUGGAAGAUACAGGAAGAUACACCUGCCUGGCAUCCAAUCCUGCAGGAGAUGAUGAUAAAGAAUUUUUAGUGAGAGUGCAUGUACCCCCUAACAUUGCCGGAACUGAUGAGCCCCAAGAUCUUACUGUAAUACAGAACAGACAAGUGACGUUGGAAUGCAAAUCAGAUGCAGUGCCUCCACCUAUAAUUACCUGGCUCAAAAAUGGGGAACAGUUACAGGCAACUCCUCGAGUAAGAAUCCUGUCAGGAGGAAGAUACUUUCAAAUCAAUAAUGCAGAUCUAAGUGAUUCAGCCAAUUAUACUUGUGUUGCCACCAACAUUGCAGGAAAGACUACAAGAGAAUUUAUCCUCACUGUAAAUGUUCCUCCAAACAUAAAAGGUGGCCCCCAAACUCUAGUCGUCCACAGAAAUAAGUCAAUUGCUUUGGAAUGCCUUGCUGAAGGUGUGCCAACACCAAAAAUCACAUGGAGAAAGGAUGGAGUUGUUCUUGCUGGGAAUCAUGCAAGAUACACAAUCUUGGAAAAUGGAUUUCUUCUUAUUCAAUCAGCACAUAUCACUGAUGCUGGCCGGUAUUUGUGCAUGGCUACCAAUGCUGCUGGAACAGACCGCAGAAGAAUAGAUUUACAGGUCCAGGUUCCUCCAUCCAUUGCUCAGGGCCCAACCAACAUAACUGUAACAGUAAAUGUUCAAACUACUCUGGCUUGUGAGGCUACUGGAAUACCAAAACCAUCAAUAACCUGGAAGAAAAAUGGGCAUCUCCUUAGUGUGGAUCAGAAUCAGAACUCAUACAGGCUUCUGUCUUCAGGUUCACUGGUAAUUCUUUCCCCUUCUGUGGAUGACACAGCAACCUAUGAGUGCACUGUGGCAAAUGAUGCCGGAGAAGAUAAGAGAGCCGUGGAUCUCACUGUACAAGUUCCACCUUCCAUAGCUGAUGAACUUACAGACUUCCUGGUAACCAAACAGACCGCUACAGUAAUUACAUGCACUGCUUCAGGCGUUCCUUUUCCUUCCAUCCACUGGACCAAAAAUGGUAUGAGACUGCUUCCCAGGGGAGAUGGCUAUAGAAUUCUGUCCUCAGGAGCAAUUGAAAUAUUUGCCACCCAGCUGGACCAUGCUGGGAGGUACACUUGUAUUGCUAGGAAUGCAGCCGGGUCUGCACAUCGACAUGUGACCCUCCGUGUGCAGGAGCCUCCAGCCAUUCAGCCUCAGCCAGGUGAACUAGAUGUCAUUUUAAACAAUCCCAUUCUACUCCCAUGUGACGCAACAGGGAUGCCGAGUCCUUUCAUCACUUGGCAGAAAGAAGGCAUCAGUGUUAUCACUUCAGGCAAAAAUCAUGCAGUGCUUCCAAGUGGCGGCUUGCAGAUCUCAAGAGCACUCAGAGAGGAUGCUGGCACGUACAUGUGUGUGGCUCAGAAUCCAGCUGGGACAGCCUUGGGCAAAAUUAAGUUAAAUGUACAAGUUCCUCCAGUCAUUAGGCCCCAUUCAAAAGAAUAUAUCACUGCUGUGGAUAAGCCCAUAACACUUCCAUGUGAGGCAGAUGGUCUCCCUCGACCCAACAUUGUAUGGCAUAAAGAUGGGAAUGGAGUUAAAGAGUCAGUCCGGAAACGCAUCCUCAGCUCUGGGGCGCUGCAGAUAGCAUUCGCCCAACCUGAUGACGCCGGGCAGUACACGUGUAUAGCCGCUAAUGUGGCAGGAUCCAGCAGCGCCAGCACCAAACUCACUGUCCAUGUGCCACCUAGAAUUCGUAGUACAGAAGUACACUACACAGUCAAUGAGAAUUCACAAGCCAUUUUGCCAUGCAUGGCUGAUGGAAUCCCCACACCAACCAUUAACUGGAAAAAAGAUAACGUUCUUUCAGCUGACUUGUUAGGAAAAUAUACUGCUCCAUAUGGAGAACUCAUUCUGGAAAAUGUUGUGCCGGAGGAUUCUGGCACCUAUACCUGUGUUGCUAACAAUGCUGCAGGUGAAGACACACAUACUGUCAGCCUGACGGUACAUGUUCUCCCCACCUUCACUGAACUUCCUGGAGAUGUGUCAUUAAAUAAAGGAGAACAGCUACGCUUAAGCUGCAAAGCAACGGGUGCUCCAUUGCCCAAGUUAACAUGGACUUUCAAUAACAACAUUAUUCCAGCUUUCUUUGACAGUGUCCAUGGACACAGUGAACUUGUUAUUGAAAGAGUGUCAAAAGAGGAUUCGGGGACUUAUGUUUGCACUGCAGAGAACAGCGUUGGUUUUGUGAAGGCGAUUGGAUUUGUUUAUGUAAAAGAGCCUCCAGUCUUCAAAGGUGAUUACCCUUCCAAUUGGAUUGAGCCUCUUGGUGGCAAUGCAAUCCUGAAUUGUGAGGUCAAAGGAGACCCUGCCCCAACCAUCCAGUGGAGCAGAAAAGGGAUGGAAAUUGAAAUAAGCCACAGAAUCCGAAAACUUGGCAAUGGCUCCCUGGCCAUCUAUGGCACCAUCAAUGAUGAUGCUGGUGACUAUACAUGUGUGGCCACCAAUGAGGCCGGAGUGGUGGAGCGCAGCAUGAGUCUGACCUUGCAAAGUCCUCCUGUUAUCACCCUUGAGCCAGUAGAAACAGUUACCAAUGCUGGAAGUAAAGUCCUUUUGAACUGCCAGGCAACCGGAGAGCCGCAUCCAACCAUUUCAUGGUCCCGUCAGGGGCAUCCCAUUCCCUGGGAUGACCGAGUUAAUAUGUUGUCCAACAAUUCCUUAUUUAUUGCUGUUGCUCAGAAAGAAGAUACCUCUGAAUAUGAAUGUGUUGCUCGAAACAUGAUGGGUUCUGUCCUUGUCCGAGUUCCUGUCAUAGUCCAAGUUAAUGGUGGAUUUUCUCAGUGGGCUGCAUGGAAGUCCUGCAGCGUCACCUGUGGAAAAGGAAUCCAGAAAAGAAGCCGUCUGUGCAACAACCCCUUUCCAGCCAACGGUGGAAAGUCUUGCCAGGGCUCAGAUUCAGAACUCCGAAACUGUCACAAUAAGCCAUGUCCAGUGGAUGGUAGCUGGUCAGAAUGGAGUUCUUGGCAAGAAUGCACAAGAAGCUGUGGACGCGGCAACCGAACACGGACCAGAACUUGCAAUAAUCCAUCUGCUCAACACGGUGGUCGGCCGUGUGAAGGGAAUGCUGUGGAAAUGAUCAUGUGUAACAUUAGGCCUUGCCCAGUUCACGGAGCAUGGAGCAGUUGGCAACCUUGGGGUGCAUGUAGUGAAAGCUGUGGGAAAGGUACCCAGAUGAGAACGAGGCUGUGCAAUAGCCCACCACCAUCAUUUGACGGGUCGUACUGUAGUGGAGCAGAAACACAGAUGCAAGUGUGUAAUCAAAGGCACUGUCCAGUUGAUGGCAAGUGGGCAGCAUGGGCCAGCUGGAGUGCCUGUACUGUGUCCUGUGGAGGAGGUUCCAGGCAGAGAUCCAGGGACUGUUCGGACCCUGCCCCCCAGUACGGAGGAAGCAAAUGUGAAGGCAGCGAUGUCCAGAGUGACUUUUGCAAUAAUGACCCUUGUCCAACUCAUGGUAACUGGAGUCCGUGGAGCAGCUGGGGGACGUGCAGCCGAACGUGCAAUGGAGGCCAAAUGCGGCGGUAUCGCACCUGCGCCAACCCUCGUCCCGCCAAUGGAGGAAGAGCCUGUGGGGGGCCUGACUCCCAGAUCCAGAGAUGCAACACUGACGUGUGUCCCGUGGAUGGAAAUUGGGGGAACUGGCAUAGUUGGAGCCGCUGCUCUACCUCGUGCGGAGGAGGGGAAAAGACUCGGAAACGACUGUGCAACAAUCCCAUGCCGUCUAAAAACGGCCUCUCCUGUGCAGGAGACGCAACUCAGGUAUCCAGAUGCAAUCUACAAGCAUGUCCAGGUGGGCCACAGAGAGCCAGAGGAAGUGUUAAUGGAUAUAUUAAUGAUGUUGAAUUUGGAAUUGCUUUCCUUAAUGCCACAGUAACAGAUAGCCCUAAUUCUGAUACUAGAAUAAUACAUGCUGAAAUUACCAAUGUACCUCGUAGUCUUGGUCCUGCAAUGAGAAAAAUAGUUUCUAUUUUAAAUCCCAUUUAUUGGACAACAGCAAAGGAAAUAGGAGAAGCAGUCAAUGGUUUUACUCUCACCAAUGCUGUCUUCAAGAGAGAAACCCAAGUAGAAUUUGCAACUGGAGAAAUCUUGCGGAUGACUCAUAUUGCCAGGGGCUUAGAUUCCGAUGGUGCUUUGCUGCUAGACAUCAUUGUGAGUGGGUAUGUUCUACAACUUCAAUCACCAGCUGAUGUCACUGUGAAGGAUUACACAGAAGAUUACAUUCAAACAGGCGCUGGGCAGUUAUAUGCCUACUCAACUCGGCUGUUCAGUGUUGAUGGCAUCAGUGUCCCGUACACAUGGAACCACACUAUUUCCUAUGAUGAGGCACGAGGACGAAUGCCAUUCUUGGUGGAAACUCUUCAUGCAUCCUCUGUGGAAUCUGACUACAACCAGUUAGAAGAGACUUUGGGUUUUAAAAUCCAUGCUUCAAUUUCCAAAGGAGAUAGAAGUAAUCAGUGCCCCUCCGGUUUUGUCUUGGACCCAGUUGGACCUUUUUGUGCUGAUGAAGAUGAAUGUGCAGAGCGGAAUCCCUGCUCCCACACCUGCCACAAUGCCAUGGGAACUUAUUAUUGUUCCUGUCCAAAAGGCUUCACCAUAGCUGUGGAUGGAAGAACUUGCCAAGAUAUUGAUGAGUGUGCUUUGGGUGGGCACACUUGCCAUGCGGGCCAGGACUGUGACAACACCAUUGGAUCCUAUCGUUGUGUGGUCCGUUGUGGACUCGGCUUCCGGAGAACCUCUGAUGGGCUGAGUUGUCAAGAUAUUAAUGAAUGUCAGGAGUCUAGUCCCUGUCAUCAACGCUGCUCUAACACGAUAGGAAGUUUUCACUGUGGAUGUGAACCUGGGUAUCAGCUCAAAGGCAGAAAAUGCAUGGAUGUGAACGAAUGUAGACAGAAUGUAUGCAGACCGGAUCAGCACUGUAAGAACACCCGGGGUGGAUAUAAGUGCAUUGAUCUUUGUCCAAAUGGAAUGACCAAGGCAGAAAAUGGAACCUGCGUUGAUAUUGAUGAAUGUAAAGAUGGAACCCAUCAAUGCAGAUAUAAUCAGAUAUGUGAAAAUACAAGAGGCAGCUAUCGCUGUGUAUGUCCAAGAGGUUAUCGAUCUCAAGGAGUUGGAAGACCCUGCAUAGACAUUAAUGAGUGUGAACAAGUGCCUAACCCUUGUGCACAUCAGUGCUCCAACAGCCCUGGCAGCUUCAAGUGUAUCUGUCCCCCAGGACAACACUUACUAGGGGACGGAAAAUCUUGCGCUGGAUUGGAGAGGCUGCCCAAUUAUGGCGCUCGGUACAGUAGCUAUAACCGUGCGAGGUUCUCCCCUGUGCGAAACAGCCAUCAACCUCCGCAGCAUUACAGACAAUACUCACAUCUCUACAGCUCCUACUCUGAGUCUAGAAACAGCAGGACCUCCCUCUCCAGGACUAAAAGGACUAUUAGGAAAACUUGCCCUGAAGGCUUUGAGGCAAGCCAUGACACAUGUGUAGACAUUGAUGAAUGUGAAACUAGAGAUACCUGCCAGCAUGAAUGCAGAAACACCUUUGGAAGUUAUCAGUGUAUCUGUCCUCCUGGUUAUCAACUCAUGUUGAAUGGAAAGACAUGUCAAGAUAUUGAUGAGUGCCUGGAGCAGAAUGUGCGCUGUGGACCAAACCGCAUGUGCUUCAACAUGAGAGGAAGCUACCAGUGCAUUGACACGCCCUGUCCACCCAACUAUCAACGGGACCCUGUGUUGGGGUUCUGCCUCAAGAACUGUCCACCCAAUGACCUGGAAUGUGCCUUGAGCCCAUAUGCCUUGGAAUACAAACUUGUCUCCCUUCCAUUUGGAAUAGCUGCCAAUCAAGAUUUAAUCCGGCUGGUUGCAUACACGCAGGAUGGAGUGAUGCAUCCCAGGACAACUUUCCUUAUGGUGGAUGAGGACCAGACUGUUCCUUUCGCCUUGAGGGAUGAAAACCUAAAAGGAGUGGUGUACACAACACGGCCACUACGAGAAGCAGAGACCUACCGCAUGAAGGUCCGAGCCUUGUCCUACAGUGCCAAUGGAACCAUUGAAUAUCAGACCACAUUCAUAGUCUAUAUAGCUGUGUCUGCCUAUCCAUACUAAGAAGCUCUCACAGCCUAAUCCACACAUUUACACUGCAUUAAUCAUGGGAAUCAAGUCCCCUCCCAGAUUCUUGUCUCCUGAAUGGUUGCCAUCUUGGCAACUUGUAAAUGGUGCUAUGUCUGCUCUGUCCUGUGUGUCUUUGUUGGUACUCUGAGGUAUCUCCAGUAUACCACCAUGCUCACGACUUUUAAUAAGGUCUAGAACACUCCCUUUUUGCUUGCUUUAUUUAUUACACUGGAGCAGUUACUUUACCAAAGAUUGUCCUGAGCAUCUAACAGGACACAUCAGAAAUAUUUUGUAAUCUCAAAAUAGCUAUAAGGUCAUUUUUACUUCCAAAAAUAGCAAAGUUGCAGGCAAGUGGCUUUUUGAACAUUUGAACGUUUUUUUUAGAUAAGUAAACCUGGUUGUUACCUGUUUUGAUCAAAGUAUAUGAAAUAACUUAUAAAGAUUUAUUUUUAAGGUAUACUUUGAUACUGUAUAACAGUAUUUACACACAUAUUUUCAUUUUAAGGAAAGAAGAAAGCACCACUCAUUUUAGAAA